CAGACUGGUCUGUCACUGUUUUUUGUUGUAACUUGUAAUCUCAGGUUGUAAUCGGGCGAUAGUUGAAUCGUUGAGUAUAGAGUAAAGCAUAACACGAUAAUUUCCACAGUUCAAUUUUUGUCUUAAACGUAUGAACAUCAUACGUUUCGGGCAUCAAAAUUACCCGUUAGUUAGUAGACUUAUUUAUGAAAGAACAUUAGUUUUAAGUGGACUACGUCAGUCGUUAUCAGUGUUUAUAGCACACACGUCUUCCAAAUAAGUGUAAAAUAUAUUAAUAUUUUAAAAUGGUUGAGGCUAGUAAACUUUGGUUCGAAGCUGCGUGCAGUACCUGUAGGUGCCAUGAACUUAUACACCCGUGGACGUAUCGAUGUUCAGAUGCUACGAGAACAAUGUUGAUAAGUUGUAUAAAAGGGAGCUAUAAAUUUUAUGCCAUGGUCUAUCUCAUCCAAAUAUUAAUGAGAGGUAAAAAACUUGGGAAGAAGGAAAUGUUAGAACAAUUCAAAUUAUAUUUAAAAUCGGGAGUGUUCGGGCUGACUGUUGGCAGUUCCUUUGUCACAUUGAACUGCAUAUUCAGACGGCUGUUCUUCAGCGAAUUUUCAUAUUAUAGCACAGUGCUGUUGCCAUGCACAGUAAGUGGACUAGCAGUGUACUGCGAGCCACCAUACAGAAGAGUUAUGGUGCUCAAUUUGUUUGUGAAUCUGGUGUUCGAGUACUGGGUACGGACAUUAGAAAUGAAGGGUUGGCUGCGGCGGUCUCCAGGCAAAGAGACUUUAGUCUUUAUGCUCGGUAGCGCUCUCUUCUUCUAUCUUAUGCGGUUAGAUAGAGACAACGACAAACGGACGCCUUUGUUCUGGUUUUUCACACCGCCACGUGUAUCGAAAGAAACUGGCGAGCCUGUGACAGGAAUACAUGGCAGGAGUCCGGCGUGCCCACACAAAGAACCCUGCAUCAAUUAUAUUUUAAAGGGCACAGCACAACUGUUCGGUGUUGGAUGCGCAAUGACUAUGCUGAGGACGCUUAUCCCCAAAAUAUUGACACCCGUGAAAGCAUUCAAAUCUUUGAAGAUGUCACAUAUGAAGCUUGGACUGUUCUUCGGAGGAUACAUCGGUAUUUAUAGGCUAGUAGUGUGCUUACUAUGUCGAGCGCACGGCAAGGACAGCGCUAUGUACGCGAUACCGGCUGGCUUCCUAUCAGGACUUGCCUUCAGAGCCUCACCGUCCACCCCUAUCUCGUUAGCGCCUGUCACUUCUUCCUUACAAAUUCUUGGCUCAUGGGGCUACCAGAAAGGCUUGAUUCCUGAGAAAUGGCCGCUCGUUGAGAUCUUAUACUGUCUCUGCCAAGGUCUACUGUUCCACGCGCGAGUCAUGCACGAGGACGUCUGUCCGAGAUACAUCAUCAACUUGAUGCAUACUGUUACUAGUUCCAAGGCCGACGAAAUUCAGUCAGCAUUUAUACAGAAAAUGUUAAAGUACGCUUCAGGUUAGACUUUUAGACAAAUUUAUUUGUGUAUUUAUAAUUUAUGAGACAUUUUAUGAGAUGGGAAUACUCGACGAAAGAAGAGAAAUGAAGUUAAACUUUUUGUGAUUUGUAAGUACAGUAAUUGGGAGUACACAUAAAUGUAAGUGUUAUGACAAAUAGGACAAAUAGCUACCUGUGAUAGUGUAUGUGGGUAACUUGCGCAAAUUAAGAGUUGAUGCGCAACCAUUGCGCUAACUUUUGCGCAAAGACAAACUGCAAGAAACUCGAAUGUAUGAUAAUUAUUAAUAGUAAAAGCAUGUAUGUUGUUAUUAAGUGAAAUAGGAGACAUGUAUUUUUGCACCUUAACAUUCUCAGAUUAAAGUUUAUUAUUCAUUUCGUCCAGUAUUCUCGUCUACAUUUGAUUUAGGUGCAAGUCUGUGAUUUAUGUUAAAGCGGAUGUUUUGCGGUACAGGGUUUUAUUUUAAAUGGGUAUCGUUAAAGGGUUGGUGUUUACGUUAAAUACUUUGUAUUUGUAACGCAAAAUAAGGAGGCAAACAAUAAAUGGAAUUAUGAAAACAUAAUUUCUACUUUUUAACUGCUCGAAUAUCAUACUUAAUUCAAUUAGCUUAAGAUAGAAAUUGCUAUACCAAUGACAAUUAAAAUAACAAAAUCACAUAAUUUUGCCUGUUUACCAUAAUUAUUUAACUGACAACCGAAUAUUUCACCUGAAUCUCUGCUUUUCAGCAUUAUGUGCAAGAUUACUUUCGUUAUUUUGCCUCUUUAUUUUGUGAAAUCAAUAUUUAUUUCACAAAAUGACAAAUCAACUGUAUCCAAUAAAAGUUGACCUUUCGCGGCAUUGGUUUUAUUACCAAACGUAAGAUUAGGUUAUAUUUGUAAUCUGCGUCAUAAAUUAUGUUUUAAGAACAGUGUGUUCUUGGAUUAGAAUAAAGUAACUGAUUUGUAAGCUUCUCUUGUUGAGGUUAUACUGUGCUCUAGAGACUGACUGUAUCUCUAGAAUAAGAAAGGCUAUGAAAGAUGAAAGAAAACAACAACUUAUGCACAAUAAAAUUAGCAUUUUGUGCAUUUAAAAUAUUUAUCAGAAAUUACGUCACAAAUGUACAAUGAAAUUUACAGUUGCGUGCAAAAAGAUUUUAUAAUAGAGAUUAUAAUCUUUUUAUAUUGGAGUGAGACGAGCGCUCAAGCGCAAGUUAGCGCGAGGCAAUGUAAAUGAAGCUAACCAAUCAGAGCGCAGAACAUCAUAAACGUGUCCUUCGAGCAAACGUUAACUUGUAAAAGUGCCGUUUUAUGGCUUAUUUGCAAAAAUAAAUUCAUUGUUUCAAACAAAACAAAUAAAAUAAUGGCGCACCUACAUUGGCAUAGUGGUGAUGGUAUUAAUUCCCCCAUAAUAGUAAGUUUAUUUAAAAAUAGUAUGGAUUCAUUUAAUAAAAUAAUGACCAUUAACAUCGUCAGCCUUUGAGUGUCUACUGCAAAGGCCUCUUCUCACGCAGAAAAGGUAAGGGCAUUAAUCACUACGUUUGCUCCAGACGGAUUGACUGGUUUCUUUACAAUGUUUUCCUUGGUCGUUUGUCAAUACCAUUGUGUCUAAAUAAUAUUUUUUGCACGCCACUCUUAACUAAAUAUGUUGUAAGUUAUUUGUAUGAAGUUAUAAUGGAGAUGUCAAGGAAAUAUUCAAAUUAAUACUACGCAUUAUUAUUUCACUUAUUUAAGUCGUAAGUAGAAAAUAUGAAAAGUCUUUAUGCUGAUAUUUAAAAAAAAUCACUUUCUUUAAAUAAAUUUGAAUAUAGAUAAAAGUUUAUCAGGUACUUGUAAGAAGGCGAUGAAACGGGCCCUAGCUGUUUUUGGAAUAUCACAAAUGUUUAAGUAUGCUUCUAUAAGUUAGGUUAGUACUUUUUCAAGGUGAGAAAAUAGCAUUAAAAUAAUUGAAAUCCAAUAUAAAAGAAACAUACUUAUAAAAUACAUUAGUACCUAUCGGUUGACAGUUAAUCAAUAUCAAAAAUAUUUUAAAGGGACAAUUGACUCAUAGAAGUUGACGUCUUUAUUUAAUUUUAUUGAUUAAAAUUUAUGUUUUUUAUCAAUAUUAUUUCUUGACCAUUAUGAUAACGGUUCGUAACGCAAGGAAAUGAGUUUUGAAAACAAUCUUGAUUAUGAACUUGUCAAUGUAAUAUACAAAUAAGCAAUAACAAUGUACAUCGCUUAGGCCUUAUUUACGUUUAAGCGGCGCGUUGUGCGGUGCGAUGUGCGGUUCGUCAUACAUUGCUCGUGAUGUUCAUAUGUUUGUGUUUGCACGGCCGUUGACACGACUUGAUGCUGUAAUGUACGACAAAUGAAAUACGCGCCGCGCAAUUCGCCGCUUAAACUUAAACGAGACCUUAGAGUGCAGUGAUCUGUGGUAAGCCGCUGGAUGUAAGUCGCUUCCAAUUGGCCGAUCUGGAAAUUAUCUCAGAUGGGGCUUAUAAGAACGUAGUGUGGCUGGUAUGUUUGAAAAAAGGGAAAUUAAAUCAGUGUUAUACAUACUAUAAAAUAUCCGAUCAGCCAGGACUAGAAGCUAAAUUGGACUAUAACCUAAGUAAAUUAAGGAAUUUAGUCGCGUAGCAAAUGAAUAGUGCUUAUAAAUCAGUGCCUGGGUGAUGAUAUAAUGAAAAUCACUUUUAGGUAAAUGUUAACUAACAACGAACCUUAGAGAGAGUAAGGGUUAUUUAAAUUUUACUUGUGUGAAUUAUAUUUGUGUAGAAAUAUGAAGGUCAAGUGUUAAUAUGGGAAAUAUCAUUAACUUAUUAUUAUUUUAAAAUGAAACAAAUGAACUAUGUAAUUAAAUAUGUUUGGGAAAGCGACCUGAAACAAUACUUGAGUUGUGUUUCACCGUGAUAUUAUCGGAAGCCCAAUCCCCACCCCGUCAUCCUCAAUCCCCAAAUUCCGGCAACGUACUUGCAAGUCCUCUAGUACUCAUUCAAACUGAAACUCGCGAAGCUCAGACUUAUGAUACUGCUUAAGUAGUGCUUAGCCUUCACCGCUCUUCAUCCGCACCAAAAGUGCAGUCACGUAGCAUUUUCUCGUGUAGCUUUUCGCCUAGGGUGAGGCGAAAGGGAAUGUCAAACUCUUACGGUCUAAAAACCACCUUCAUCUUUCUCCUGCUCCAGGACGGGGUCGCAGUAUCCGUAUUGCGCUUGACCCCAGAUUUAGGGGUUAAGCGCAAUACAUCAUGUACCUAUAGAACAUUUUUGUGCGACUACAAAUAUUAUUUACACAAGUAACAAUGGUAUUUUAUUAGGCACAAAUUAUAAUAGUUACCUGUAGAGUUCUUUAUAAACAACAUGUUUGUAAUAUCAAUUUAUUUAUUACGUUAGCUUUAUAAAAUUUUAUUUGUUUGGGUGAGGAAAAGUUAUAAUUAAAAAGUAAAUACUGGUAAACACCAAUUAAUUGACAUAAUAUAUAGACUCAAUAUGCCGCAAAAGUGUGCUAGGAGUGGUAUUAAAAUGAAUAAGUAAAUAAAGUCAUUUUGGAUAAAAUUGAACUAACACAGAGUGACGCCGGAUCAUAAUUUUAAAUAACUAAUUAAUGCCUGCAUCUUAGCGAUACAAGUAAAAAGUAUUUUUAUUCGAGUAAAUUUUAAAAACAUAGUGUUUUCUCAAGAUCCAAUGUUACACCAGUAGGUGUUACAGAAAUAUUGGACCGAAACGGUGAUAUUAUAGAACAGACUAAAAUUCAUUUAUCCAACUUCUUUAGUUCAAUUUUACCCAAAAUGACUCAAAAGCCGUUGUCUUAUUUAUAAUUACCAAAUCGCAUUUAAAAAUAUUAAAAAGGUGACAGUUAGGUUAGUGUUGCCAUAGUGAUAAAAAUUACAAAUUAUCCAAUUAUUAUUAUUAUAAUUUGGACACAUUUCCUUUGUGCACGAAUAUUUAUUUAAAUUAUCACAUAUUGUAGGUGAUUUAAUUUGUAAGAUUUUUAUGGCAAUGUAUUUAAUGAUAUUGAGGAAAGAUAUUUUGAAUUAGGCUUAUACUAAUUUACUUGCAUCACAAUACUUAGUAAAACAUAAUAGAAUACUCCUAAUUGCUUCUCAAAACGAACCGAAGCUUAAAAAUUUUGUUUUCACCGUACUUUAAGUAUGGCUACUAUACCACGCCUGUUAUAAAAUAUGUACAAUUUACAGCACCUUCCAAUAUCAUUGAUAUGUUCGACAUUAUUGUUAUAUUUUUGUAAUAAAUGAUUUUAUAUUAAAA